AUGAAUGCUUAUAUAAAGGUAGAUUUAAUACAUAACUUAUAUAAAAACAAAAAAUGGGUAGAAAUAAAACUAAAUAAAUUCGAUACAUUAAAUAAUAUUAAAAAGAAAAUUUAUGGGCAUACAGGGACUUUAACAAAUAAUAUGAAAUUAUAUGCAUAUAAUGAAUUAGAUAUUGAAAAUACACAAAUUCAUUUAAAUGACAAUAAUCUAUCUUUAAAUGAUUAUGGUGUAAAAGAUAAUUAUAUAAUAUAUAUACAUGAAAUAAAUCCAACAUUUCAUAAUGAUAUUAUAUAUAAUAUAGAUGAUGAUAAAAAUUUAGAAAAAUUAAAGCAUUUAAAAUAUGAAAUUAAUGAUAAGGAUUAUGAUAAAAGACAAGAUAGUUUUCGAAAAUUUAUUCAAAAAAUUAAACAAAAUAAAAAAAACAUUUCACCAAAAAAUCAAGAAGAAAAUGUACAAAAUUUAAAUCAUAAUUUAUAUGAUAAUGAAUUGUAUAAAAUAGGAAAUAGAUGUAGAAUUAAAAUAGGAGAUAGAAGGGGAACUCUAAAAUUUGUUGGAAAUAUAAAAAAUAAUGAUGUGGUUUAUGUUGGUGUUGAUUUAGAUGAGCCUUUAGGAAAUUCUGACGGAUUUUAUCAAAAAAAAAAAUUAUUUGAAUGUAAGGGAGAUAAAUAUGGUUAUAUAGGAAAUAUUAAUUCAAUUGAAAUUGGAAAUUUUCCUCCUUUUGAUAUAAUGAACUUUGAAGAAUUUUAA